AUGUUCACAAUACAGGUGAUGUUGUUGCGAUUAGGAUUACCCGCGAAAUGGAGAAUGGUAAGCACAGGAACACAAAGUUUCAAGUCUGAUAACUUGGUUAAGAAUUUGUUUCUAAAAAAGAUCAAAGAAUAUGAAUCUAAGAUGGCUGGCAAAGAAGAUGGACUUGUAGAUGUUACACCUGAGACGCAUCGAUCAUUAGAAGAUCAGUUGCACCGUUUAGCGAGCAAGUAUCACUUGGAAAAUAAGGAAAUGGUAAACGAGUUGCCGACAAAGCAGAUGGAAACUCCGUCAGUUGAAAGUGCUGUAGCAGUGAUGUUCGAAGGGAAAACAGUUAAUGAUUUGAAUAAAGAGCUGGAAAAGGAAAUUCAACAGUACACAGAAAUGCGACGGAAGAAGCAAGCUAUGGAAGAGGAAGCACAGUCACAUCUUCGUUCUAUCAAACAGCAACAGUUUCCUUCAGAAAGCUCGAAAAAAUAGUUUAUCUUGACAAGCUUCCUUUUAAAGGAAUUAAUUUUGAAGUGGUAACUAUGUUAUCAUUUUACUGUUUUUAUGUCAUAGGCGAUACAUGUGGUAUUAGUUAAUUUAUACUAUACACGAGCAGUAUGUAAAUAAAAAAAGUUAGCUUUGGCUUAC